UCCAAGAUUGCUGUCACGCGGCAUUGCUCAGUUUGGAGAUGACGCAGAAGGUGUAGUUGUUUGCGUUCUUUAUCCAUUCCGGAAUUUAACUUUAGUUUUAUUUUACAUCGCUUUCUUUGGCACAAUAAGGUUUUUGAUUAUCUGGUAACUGGAUUUGGCAAUUUCUUUCCUUUGCAUCAUCUUUGCCAUCAACCCCCGCCCUCUUUUGGGGAUGUCUCCUCAGCUGAUAACAUCGCGAUUUUGAAUGAUUUGAAAAGAGUGAGAUAGCUCGUGUAAUGGACAAUGUGCGGUCCAUUUGGGCCAACGAGACACCCGCGCGCCUCCCGGUUCUGAAUGAAGCAUCGGCGGAGAGAGACACCGAGCAGGGUGUCACCCUCAGCCACGGAUGCUGCGCCGAAAGAUCGGAUACACCGACCCGUCGUCGGGUAAAGAUAUCCUCGGCAAUCGGUCCCUUUGUUUCAUGUUUAUCUGCGCCUUUGGACUUGUGACACUGUUGCAACAGAUUCUCUAUGGGAAAAACUACAUUAAGAGUGCGCAACAGUUUAGCCGACUCAAAGGGGACGAGACAGGAAAUUGGAGCGGUCCCGUUAAUUUCUCGGAUGACGGAUCUCUGAAGCCCGCCAGAAAUGGAAGGAAAAGAUGUUUCCGUCAGCAUUAUCAGCCAGAUUCAAAGAUCUCCAUAAUAGUCACACCCUGCCUAGCCGAUAUUAAGAAGAAAAACAAACGCUCUCACAGGUAUUUGGGAAACUAUGAUGGGCCCUUCGAGUACAACUCGACAACAUGCAAAGAGCUCAGACAGGAGAUUAUGGACGUCAAAGUCCUGACAAUAAACAAUAAUCGGAAAAUACAUGGUCACGGGUAUCCUUCUUCACUCCACAAGUCUCUCUGCCUGUCUGCCAGGGUCAAAACCUCUGAUCUGUUUGAGAGAUGGCGCAACCUGCAGGUGUGUAAGUGGGAGCAGAACAAGGAGGAGGCCAGCAAUUUCAAGAUGUCGUUGUCUCGCUGCUGCAACGCUCCUUCCUUCCUCUUUACUACCAAGAGGAACACCCCCGCCGGAACCAAGCUAAGGUACGAGGUGGACACCAGCGGCAUCCUUCCCAUCACCACUGAGGUCUUCAAGAUGUUUCCAGAUGAUAUGCCGUACUCCAAAUCCCAGUACAAGAAAUGUGCCGUGAUCGGAAAUGGCGGCAUCAUCAAGAACAGCAACUGCGGAAAGGACAUAGAUUCGGCAGAUUUUGUGUUCAGAUGCAACAUACCACCCAUCAGUGAGAAGUACUCCGCUGACGUCGGCACAAAAACGGAUCUGGUGACCGUAAAUCCAAGCAUUAUCACCGAGAGGUUUCAGAAGCUGGAGAAAUGGCGGCGUCCCUUCUACAAUGUGCUGCAGAAUUACGAGAACUCAUCUGUGGUCCUCCCGGCAUUCUACAACACGCGCAACACGGAUGUUUCCUUCCGGGUCAAGUACAUGCUGGACGACUUUGACUCUCAGAGGGCGGUCUUCUUCUUCCACCCACAGUACUUGCUCAACGUGCAGCGCUUCUGGGCGGUGCAGGGUGUGAGGGCCAAGCGUCUGAGCAGUGGCCUCAUGCUGGUGACCGCAGCGCUGGAGAUGUGCGAGGAGGUGCACCUCUACGGCUUCUGGGCCUUCCCCAUGAACCCGUCGGGCAUCUUCAUCACGCACCACUACUACGACAAUGUCAAGCCGCGCCCGGGCUUCCACGCCAUGCCACACGAGAUUUUCAACUUCAUCCACAUGCACGCCCGCGGAAUCGUGCACGUUCACACGGGGCCGUGCACGUGAGGGUGGGGUUUUUCCUCAAAGUAGGGGAGAACAGUGUUGGCUGUCACAAUUUUUACUCUUGUGACAACAUUGUGGGGUUGGUAUCACACUUAUGGGGUUUGUUGUUAUAUUAUUUAAAUAGGAUUUUCUGUAAAGAUGAUGAAAAUCUUCUGAAUGAUAUUGUUUUUUAAAUGGAUUUUCUUAAUAAAUAAGGAACGUUAAGAAGAAUACUUUAUAAUGCCUCCAUUAAACUAGAACAGGCUUACUUUGUAGCACACAUCAAUAUUUCAGGUUAUUGUGGAAAAACAAGAACUCACGGCAUUUUAGAACUCAUUUAGACCUAUCCAACAUCAAAUUAAAUUGAGUCCAAAAUUGAGCAUCAAUAUCGUUUUCAAUACCAAAUCGCUGUAUGAAAUGCAAUACAGAUUUGGGUCUGCGCUCUCCAAAUAUGCAGAGUUGGUGUCCCCACUGCCUUCACACCACGCUAAUGUGGUUUACUGCCAUCAUUUUUUUUUUUUUUUUUAAAUUCUUAAAGGUUUUUUUAUUCUGUUUAUAUACGUAAUGUACACAACAGAGAGCUCCAGUAAAGUUCAGUGAUAAUAAAAAUAAUUUGUAUUCUUUGAACUGCUAACAUUGUGACAACUAUCCCCAUCCAAAUUGUGACAACCAACCCCAAAUUGUGUUUUUGGUUUGAAGUUAAACCAACAGCUACUGUAGCACGCAACUGUCUAAUUAGAGAAUAUGAAUCAAAACGGCAGCUUCGUCUUAAAACUUUUUAAUGGUAGCCUAACACUUUCGGAAUUAGAAAACUAUUGUGUAACAGCCCAUAAAAGAAGUAACCCCAUCCAAAAAAUGGACAACCUACUCCAACUUGUCUUAUUGGUUUGAAAGUUAAAGUGCCUGUGACAUGAUACAAACAAUCUUAAAUAGCUCAUUAUGUGAGUUAAAAUCAUAUUUUGAGACAAUUCGACUAUAUAUAACAAUUUGGCAAAGUGCAGAUAACUCGAAAUGAGUCUUUUAAUCUGUCGUUUAGCCCCACCUGUCAUUAUAGCGCUCUAGCGCCUCCAUCUGGGUGAUGACGUAGGCAGAGUAACGAUUUCAGGUGAUUUAGAAUUCAGCCCAAUGGGAAAGAUUAAGAACAAGGAAAAUGCGACGGAAAACUGCAAAAUGUCCUCAUUGUUUUUAUCACUCUACUCCAAUAUUUUUACAGGAUAUUUUUAUCUAAUUUUUUCCGAAUUACUAAAUAAAUUGUUUGGUCAUGACAAAUAACAGUCUUGUUCUAAAUGGGGAAUAUGAAAUAUUAAAAAUGCAUGUAUUCAGUACGACAGGGCAAAAUUACUGCAUAGUGGUCAAAACUGCUGACUUCUUGAACCUCCCGAACAAUAUUUUAUGCCACUGGAGUUAGUCCAGCUAUUGUCAUUUCCCUGAGCCGGCUUCGGAGACGGAGGAAAGAGCGUAAACAAAACAGAAGGCGUGAGAGCUAGGCUACAUGCUAACCCUAACCGACCGGCUCUUCCAAGUGUUUUCCUCCCCUUUUGAAAACGAAAAAUCACACAAAACUACCCCGACUCCUGUCACACACGACGGCGGGGUUGAUUGUCUUCACCGAUCGUCCAGCCCCCGAAGGCGAGCAAGUUUUGGCUUCUCCUUCUGCUGCGUCCCCGGCGACGAGCACUGCCUGCCUGCCGGGGCCGCAGCAGAACGACAAGGGGAAUGAAUGCCGAAAAUGGCGCAUUCUCAGUGGACAAUCCGGCUGACGUCAGAGCGCUUGGCUGCCCGAGCCCAAGCCAAGGAUGGCGCUCUCUAGGCGGGCAUGUGUAGAGGGCCGAGGGGGGGGUCGAAGUCUUGACAUAAUCGAGAACCGGAGAUGAGAGCGGGUAGCUCCCCGGGACCAAGCUGAGGAUAGCGCUCUAUAGAAGGGCAAACCUUUAUUGGUCGGCGACCAUGGUGUGCCACAAGCCGCCGGUCGUGGGCCGAGUGGCCUUCUCGGUGGAGAAGGAGCAUUGUCAUCCACUAAAUACAAGCUACCUCCCUAUUAAAACGUUUGCCAUGAUCUCUGUAUUUGUCAUAAGAUGAAACACUCACUCACUACGUCAUACGUCCAGUGGUCUCUUGAUUGUCAGACUUGUUUUGCCCAUUCUUUGCGAUGAACAGGAUCUUUUGGAAAUCCAAAAAGCCUCACACCACUCUCCCAGGUGUAGCAACAAAAGCCUGCAGCACAUUGAGCUGGCGUAUUAAUCCGCAAAAUCAGCUGAAUCCGCAGUCCUCAUGCAUACGACAGUAAUGGCUGUAUUGUGAAAAUGAUUAGUCCGCUGACGUCACAUUGGCCUUCUUUGUCAAUCCAGAGUAUGGCCGGAAGUCACUCAUUUUCAUGGCGCGGGAUUCAAAAAGUUGAAUAAUACAUUGAUCGCUUCCACACACAUUCAAGCGGUCCAUUUCAUUCAGGAGCAUAAAACACCGGCUGCAAUUUGAAAUAAACAUGCUUUUUCGUGUCACAGGCACUUUAAACCAACAGCUAGCAAAGAACUGACUAGUAAGAGAAUGUGAAUCAAAACUGUAGCUUGUCCUAAUACUUUUUUAAAAUAUAGUAACACUUUCCUAACAAAAAAAAAAUGUGUAAAAGCCCAUAAUAAGAAAAGUAAAGUCUAACAUUUAGAAAUUAACCUUAUAAAAAGCUCACUUCAAAGUUAUCUGACACUAUAUCAUAAAGACAUUGUACGUAGAUGAUUUAUUCGCACAGUUCUGAUCAUUUUCAAUACUGAUAUUAAACAACACCGCCCUCUGGUGUUCCCAUUAUUGACGUUUGACAACCAACCUGUGUGAUAACCAACCACGUUCUCCCCUACAUCGUUCGACUUGCAGUGGAACCUCCGAGGUGGAAUGUCAUCUUUUUCCAAAAACGAUCAUUACACUUUUCUCUCUUGCCAUCUUUUCGGCCAAAGAAAACACAAUCUGUUUGAUUUUCACUGAGCUAAAGAAGACAUCCUCUAAGGAAGGUUCCACUGAAGGUUUUUGGCUGUAAUGGGCGCCAUUUUGAAGCUCUCUAGCCACAGCAGGCUUGUUUUUCACUGUGGUUUUCAUGUGAUCUUGAUGUUGAUGUUGUUCCUGUGAUGUUUUCUAGUGGCACUGCUGUACAGAUUUGUUCUUUUCUACUCGUUGCUGUACUCGUCUACGCACGGCGGGCGUGGCAGCUUUCCCUGUUUGUGAAAAAAAAAAAAAAAACAACGAGCCUGACACUUUUCUGAGUUUUAAACAAAACGAUUUCGAAAAUGUUUCAAAAAGCAGCAUCCACUUGUCUACUUUUGUAAUUUAUUGCUUAUUCCCCCACAUUGAGAGGGUGAAUAUUUUAAAUUGGCCUGUUUCCAGUGGCCUUAUCGGAAAAUGUCCUGCGGGGUGUGAUGAGAGGCAACAAUGAGAUUUGUUUUCUUGGAUUUGAUUUACAGUAAUUCUCCACUAUUCGCAGAAGAUAGAGACGAGGCCUGCCGCGAAGAGCAAAACAACAACCUAAUUGAUGUCCUAGAUAAAAAUGGAUGCCUGUCAUCAUAGUUUUAAACAGUUUGCAAGGAUUUGUAGAUAUAUACAUAUAUACAGGGAGGAGCAGAAUAAUUUGCACCCCUUGUGAUUUUGCAAGUUCACCCACUUAGGAAAUAGGUAGAAGUCUGAAAUUUCAACCAUAAAUGCAUUUCCACUCAUAGAGACAAUCUUAAAAAAAUCCAGAGAUCACAUUGUUAUUAUUAUUUUUAAUCAUUUAAUUGUAAUUUACUGGGGUUCAUAAGUAUUUGUACCCCUGAAAAUCAACAAUAAUUACGACACUCAAAGAGUUGUCAGUUUACCUUGAAAAAAAGUUUCCCAAAUGAGUAACCACCCACCCAUUUGAGCUCAUUAUUCUCACCUGUGUACCCCACAGUCAGUCAUAAUCCAACUGCUACCAUGAGAAAGACCAAAGAUCUGUCCAAAGACACUAGAGACAGAAUUGUAGACCUCUACAGGGCUGGACUAGGUUACGGGGCAAUUGCCAAGCAGCUUGGUGAUAUAACAUCCACUGUUGGAGGAAUUACUAGAAAAUGGAAGAAGCUAAACAUGACUGCCGACUGGGGCUCCAUGCGAGAUCUUCCUAGCAUGGACUCACUAAUCCUAAGAAUGGUGAAGAAUCAGUUAAGAACUACACAGGAGGAGCUGGUCAAUAACCCGAAAGGAGCUGGGAUCACCAUUUCCAAGGGUACUGUUGGUAAUAAACUAAGACGUCAUGUUUUAGAACCAUGCAUGGCACGGAAGGUUCCCCUGCUUAAACCAGCACAUGUGCAGGCCUGUUUUAAGUUUGCCAAUGACCAUUUGGAUGAUCCAGAAGAGUCAUGGGAGAAAGUCAUGUGGUCAUAUGAGAUCAAACUUGAACUUGUUGGUCUUAAUUCCACUUACAGUGUUUGGAGGAAGAAGAAAAAUUAGUACAAUCCCAAGAACACCAUCCCUACUGUGAAGCAUGGUGGUGGUAGCAUAAUGCUUUGGGCGUGUUUUUCUGCACAUGGGACUUGAUGACUGCACUAUAUUAAGGAGAGGAUGGCCAGGGCCAUGGAUUGUGAGAUUUUGGGGAAUAACCUCCUUCCCUCAGUUAGAGCAUUGAAAAUGGGUCAUGACUGGGUCUUCCAACAUGACAAUGGCCCGACGCAGUCAGCCAGAAUAACCAAGCAUUGGCUUUGUAAAAAGAAUAUCAAGGUUCUGGAGUGGCAUAGCCAGUCUCCAGACCUCAAUCCAGUAGAAAAUGUUUAGAUGGAGCUGAAACCUAAGGCUGAGUUGUGCUUCUGCGGCAGACCUACGCUGUCAAGGCAGACCCGAUUUACCACCCUCCGCCGUAGUCGUGCAGCUAAACAAAAUCCCGACUAUGAGUCGCAUCAACGCGUGGUGACGUGACGCAAAUGGACUGUAAUUGGUCCGCUUAGACUGUUGUUUCCAGUUCUGCGCGAAAUCACCACCAUUUACAAACCUUCUUGCGCUAAAGACUACCUCCGCAACCGUCUUCUGCGUCGCCUUCGCCUCAACAUUUGUAUGAUCAACAUUUGUUGUUCAAUGUUGAUGAGCUGAAGAUUACCAUUCAAGUGUUCCAUCUCUGUUGGCAUUGUUGUGUAACCGGAAGAAAACUAGAGGAACAAGUUGACAAGAAUACCCCAAAACAGUACAAACACACGCCACACCCCUCUAGUGGCUUGGCAGUAAAUUACAAGGCAACGCGUUCCUUUGCCGCAGAACUAUCGAAUGCUCAUUGACGCCGUAGUCGCUACGCUGUCACCGCAUCGCAUAAGCAUAACUCAAGUUUUAGUCUUUCUCAACAACAGCCCCGAAACCUGACAGAUCUAGAGAAGAUUUGCGCGGAGGAAUGGGCCAAAAUCCCCGUUUCCAUAUGUGAAAACAUGGUGAAAAACUACAGAAAGCGUCUGACCUCUGUAAUUGCAAACAAAGGCUUCUGCGCUAAAUAUUAGCACUGAUUUUCUCAGGGGUACAAAUACUUAUGAACCAGUAAAUUACAAACAAACUAUUUAAAAAUCAUACAAUGUGAGUUCCGGAUUUCUUUUUUUAGAUUACGUCUAAAUAAGUGGAGAUGACCCUAUGAUUGAAAUUCAGACUUCUAUUUUCUAAGUGGGUGAACAUGCAAAAUCACAAGGGGUGCAAAUACUUCUGCUCCUCACUGUAUAUAGGAUUAUCAAAUUAAUUAACAUUUUCUGAAGGAACACACUAAACGUGAAUUUGAAAUUUCAAUAGAGAUGUUUGCAAAUGGCGGGUUAUUACUGUUAUCUUAUUUCUUGUGCCAUACUGCCUUAUGAUAUCACAGUCUCUCCAUCCAAUAUGCAAUUUUCAUCUGUAUUCGCUGAGUUUUUCCCUCAAACACCUCAAAGGACACGUUGGCCUCUGCACGCCACGCAGUGUUAUUUGUACUUCACUCCAUACCUGUCGUGCAUGAUGUACUCUUAAAGCUUUUGUGCGUGCCUACUUCAAUGCUCACUGAAUUACGUUUACACUCACAGAAACCUUUCCAUCAAAGAGAAUGUUUAACUUGUGGAAUCAGGUCAUAUUUAAGCAGAGCUGAAUCGUAGUUCUUUCAGAUCUGACUGCUGUAGUAUGUUAGCAUAUAUUUUUUUUUUUGCCUGCGAAAUAUGAGUUGCGCGUCAAAAUGUUUGCGCCACCAUUUUAACGGCUGUCGAACAGGAGAUAAGGAUGGGGCAAUGGGACCAGUCUGUGAAAUCAGUGAAGGGAAAGCAAACAGUGCUUUGCUCGGCAUAAUCAAGUGAUUGUAAAUAAAAUGGUUUGGAUUUUCUUGUAUAA